GGCUUGUGGAACCCUUCGCCAGGCGGUGAGAGCGACCGUCUGGCGGCUCGUUGCUGGCAGGAAGGCGCCUUCCCCAAUGUAGCAGCGACAGAGGUGCCGUUAUGCACCUACUCCAGCUGCUCGAACAGUGCACAGCUCAGACCUGGUGCCUUUCCGUCCCAUUGCCAUCCACAGGCAUGCUCCCGUUGACACCGGUCGACCUGCGGCCUCGGCAUUGGCAGAACGAUGUCGCCUCCCCGGCCCCAGUCUCGUCGACUGCAUGGACGCACCAAUGAUCAGCGGCAGACUCGUGGCCUGUGCCAGGCGCGGGACCUGGUCGACGGGGGAAAUCCCACCCUACCGCCUGGCCAGGAUCCCUUCGCCUACUACAAAGCUUUCCGCAAUACGGACGCCUCGUCUACCUCGAGUUCACAAGGUGCGGAUCAGCAUGGCGGUGGUGCCACACGGUCGCAACCUGGAGCCAAUGCUCAAUCGGCCUUAGGGUGCGCGGAGCAGCAACAGAACAGAUCACGCCCUGUGCCUCACAGCGUCGCAGUUCGGCUUGCAACCCAAUCCAACGGAGUGCCCCUGCCCACCAUUGUCGAGCAAUUUUCAAUCUCAACCCUCAAUUCUCACGGUUCUCUAUGUAGUGUUGGUCGUUUCCCUUCGAUUCGCGCCGUCGAAGAUGCUUCACACGGGCACACACGAAGUCUGGACGAUGGCGCGCUCCGCAGGAUACAGGAAGAGGACCGAGAUGAGCAGACAGUCAGCAGUGAUGCGAACAUCAACAUCCAGCCCAAAGUGAAGUGGGGUACUAGGUCGAAAUCGUACCAUACGAAAGCCACAGCAGCUGGAUCGGUUUCUCUGACUGCUCAAAAAUCUCCGAUCCCUCAAACCCCGGAGCUCAAUCUGAACGUGGAACCCAAAAGCCUAAAAGGAUUCAUUCGUGGUGUUUUAACAAAAGUGCGCGGCAAUACGCGAGACCGAUCUCGUUCGUCCUCGGGCACGAAUGUACUAAUGACAGAUCAAUGGUCCGAUGUCAGUCCAUCAGCACAGACUGAUAAAACAACAGCCAUGAUCCCCGACUCACAAGAGCCGCUUCCCUUUGUUUCGGCCACUACAUCGCUCUUGCAGCCGACGCCAUCUUCACCACACCACGUGUCGGAGCCUCAGGUCAUAAGCGCUUCCAGCCCUAAGUCAAAAGCAACAACUUUGCCUAAUGGCUUUACAUCUCAAUCGCAUGGUUCGACUUCGACAUCCGAGACAGAGACAGCACCGGUUGGGCUUCAUCUUCCUCUGAUACCUGACCUAUCACGUUUUCAAUUUGGCAAUGAAGUGUUGCCAUCGGUGUGUUCUGUAGCCCCACCACCACGCGAUGCGGUUUUAGACCACGUUCGCCAUGCAGCCACAACGGUUCUUGGUCGUAGCAGAAAUAAGCUCGCUACUCGCUACACACCAGAAGGCGCUUUCAUUCUCUGCAACGAUGAAGGGUCGCUCGAUGAUUUUGUGCGUAAUGCAAGCCGCAACGCCAGCUUCUGUAGCACCAUGUCAACGUCCUAUUCCGGAACAGUUUUAGGAAUUGAUCUUGACAUGCAACAUGACUUCCCGCAUCCGACACGGCGCUCCGUGACUUCGGUGUGGUUCAGCCCGAAGGAACCUGCAAGGACACAGGAAACACCGAAGCCCACAUUGCAGCUUGAAGGAGCCAAGCCACUUCGCCCUUGUUCUAUCACCUCUUCUGCACUGACAUCUCUUUUACCGAUCGCGGCGGUAGAUGGUAUUGUGCAACAGAACCUAGCCGUGCCUCAGUUGACUUUCUAUCCACCUCCUAGAAAUUUGACCCAGGCACAAUCUACAUCGCCCACGCCUACUCCAACAUGGACCUCGCGUUCGCAUUCGGAGUCGAACUUCUCGGGCACAACGACUCCCAAAACUUCAUAUUACAACGGCGCGACUUCACCGUCUGCACAGUCGGCGCUGUCUGCUGCUGUUGCGAGUCCAUCGGCGCGUCCGGCACUUGUCCCAUUGACCACCCUUCCCCACUCGAUUGCCCCACUUCCCGAGCAUCUGCGCCACCAUCAUAACUAUCAUAGGGUGGACAAGUCGAGUAUUGGGUCGGCGUGCGAUUUUGAAACAAUGUUACCUUCUCAAAUCGCCAUGAUUAACGAUUCACAAGUGCUUGGUUGCGGUGGAAUGGUACAACCAGCCAAUCUCGAUCCACACAGCGGCGUCCUGCAGCAUCCACCGAAACGCUCAAGGAUCGGACAGUCGAUGUCUUGUCUUCGCGUGAGGGAUAGGAAUCGAUUAGCAAUCAACACUUGGUCUUCGCUAGCGUCAAAUUCUUCUCGCGAACGGAGAGGUCGUACACCGGCAAAAAAGAUCCGAAAGAAAGGCAAAAUAUUGCAGACGCGUCGAGUGCCUCAUAUCGACACCGUACCUGACAAAGACGUCAUUGGGCCUGCAGCUGGCCACGCGCUUCGUGUCUGUUUCUGUCAGCCAUACGACGGGGUGGACAGGCAGACCACUGGAGUGGGUUGCGGCGGUGCAGCCGCAUCGCAGCUGGGUGAAGACCUGAACGAAUCGUGUGCAUCUCCAACAGGCCUGCACGAAUCUACACCCAACGCCAGGAUCGUGGCUAAAGCCAACAGCAAGGGCAAGGGUAGAGCGAGGAGGGACAGCGCGCUUGGUGUUGGAGCGUGGGGCCGUCAGUCGGGCGAUGGAUCUGACAUAAGGUGGGACGCGUCGUUGCCGUAGAUGUCAGACGAGAGUUGCUCCGAAGGUGCGUUGUGUUACUCAUGAUCUACAUGUGUGCGUCGUGGCGUGGGCCAGACUCUGGCUGAGAUGGCUGGUGGGAAAAGCAUAGCGACCCUCGAUUCCGAUGCGACGGUAAUCUGGGGUUUAGCGCAUCGUGGGUCAGCUUGGAUACUGUAGUGCGGGUUUAAUGACGAUGAGUUCGUUUAGAUCGGAAGGGAAGGGGCUUGGGGGGUGUGGAGACUCUCACGGAUGUAUUUGUAUGGACUGUGUAUGUUUGUUGUACAGUAUUCAAUCACCACAAAUGUGGGCCCAUGGCAGUUCGGCAUAAUGCAAAUAUGGACCCAUGAUAAUUCUGGCACCAUCUA